CAGGUCGCCUGCUUGGACCUACACCUGUCCGAUGACGGGUUCGUACGAAUGAAGCGCUUCCCGGCGGCGUGCGGCCGUGACGGCGGCCGAGCGCUCAGCGUGGCCUCUUUUAGGAUGUGAACGGUGAGGAAGUUGUGCUGUCAGCUCAAUGUAAGGGCACCGGUGGCAGGAAGUCGUGAUGGUGCUUCACAGGGGGCCGCGGCUGCUGGACUUCACCAAGACUCCUCCACACCUUCAGUUCAACAAAUACGUCCUGACGGGUUAUCGGCCCGUGUCCACGGCUCAGGAGUGCAUCAGGAGCCUCUUCUACAUGCACAAUGAGCUGGGCAACAUUUACACCCAUGGCAUACCCUUCUUCCUCUUCUUGGUGUUUCUGCCUUUUAGUAUUCCCUGGAUGGACGUGGACCGCAUCUGGCUCUGCGUGGUCCACUACUUGGCUUGCCUCUCUCCGACCGCAGGCUCGGUGCUCUACCACUUGUUCAUGAACCAUGUGGGGGGAGAACACGUGUAUGACACCCUGCUGUCCCUGGACAUGUUUGGGGUCUGCCUAGUUAAUACCCUGGGGGCACUUCCAAUCAUCUACAUCACUCUUCUUUGCUAUCCGACCAUACGACAGGCAACCUUGCUGGCCUACAUCCUUCUCUCAGCCUAUGGGAUCUACUGUGCCACCACAGCCCGCACUAACAUCACUCGUCUGAGGGCGUUCAUCUGGCAGGCUUUGUUUCGCAUCAGCCUCUUCUUCUUCAGGGUGUACGGCAGCGGGGUCGGGAGCCCCAACUCGCUGCGCCUCUUCGUCACCAUGGACUCUCUGGCUGUGCUGGGAGGGCUGGUGAACAUUAUCCAGAUCCCAGAGCGCUUCAGCCCAGGGCUGUUUGACAACUGGGGCAACAGCCAUCAGAUAAUGCACGUUAUGGUUAUUUGCUCAAUUAUCUACCUGCACUGGGGCACACUAGAGGAUUUAGCCUGGAUUAAAACCUACCAGUGUCCUACAGAGUGAUGCCAAACGUGUCAAGAAUGCACAAUCCAGACCCUGCAGAUAUAAAUAAGACUGUGGCAGCAGGUAUAAACAAUGGAGAGAGGACGUUUCGAAUUAUGCACUUUAGUUCAAACUGCUGAAACUCAACAUCAGGGAAAAAAACAAUAUGAUAUUUGCCAGAGAAGAAACAGGGUGUGUUACAUGAAAAGAAAUGAAGAAAGGAAAAAUCCUGAUAAUACUUGACUUUUAGUUUUUGAAAUGCAGUAGUUCUGGGUUGUUACCCAUAACCAAAAUAGGUUUUAAAGGGAUAAUAAAAAUAUUAUAUGAAAUAAAUAGUUUUUUUAUCUCGUC